ACUGACAUCUGUCAUUAAUCAAUAUAACUUUGUUGAAUGGAAUUGAAUGUUACUGAAUUUUUAAUUUGAUAUUGCUUAAAUACACAAAUUUAUAUUUUUCCAAGUUAUAUUUUUGUACUACGUUAAAUCAGCUAAUAAAUCAAGAUGUCUAAUACUCAUUGUGCCGUAACUAAUUGCAAAACUACUAGUUACAAUAAACUACCGGGCGUUUCAUUUCAUUCCUGUCCUAGUUCUAAGGAAAUGAGAAGUAAAUGGCUCCAAUGCUUAAAAAACAAAUGCUCUAUACUGGAUUGGUCAAAAAGUAAAAUUUGCUCAGUACACUUUGAAAAGAAAUAUUUUGAUGCUCAGAGGAAACUCAAGGAGAAUGCUGUACCAAGUAUAUUUCCAAUUGGCGCUAAUGUGAGAGGAUCAAAGAUUGAUUUACCUGUACAAAAGACUAAGGUAGACAGGCUGUUAAACAGAGUAGGCCAGGCUGAGAUUUCCGCUGAUAUCAAGAAUACCCUGACAAAAAUGAGGGUACCUACAAACUUGGACAUGUUUGUGGCAGAUGAUCUCAAAUGUAAACCCGAUUCACCAAUGGAAGCUCAUUUAUGGCUACUGAUUAAAAAGCAAGACUAUUUGAAUAAAAUACUGGCAACACAAUUGAUACAAAAUAAGAAGCAAGUUGAAAUUUUACAUAAGAACCUUGAUGACAUCAGGAAUCAUAAAAAUGAUACUGAACAAAAUAUAAGUACACUCAAAUAUAUUGUGAAGUGUCUUCAAGAAAAACAUGCAACUCUUGAAGAACAAAUUGAAAUAUUAUCAGCAGUGGAGUCAAGAUAAAUUAUUCCCAAAUGUCAUUUUCCAUGAAAUAUGCGUAGGUAUUGUAUGUUAAAGGAUGUAAACUUAUAUGUAAUGACAACCUAAACAUUAAUGUUACCAUUACAUUAUACAACCACUCAAAAAAUGAAGAUAUACACUUUCCCUUGUAAAAUUGGUGUUACAGGCUUAAUAUAUAGACGUUAAUAGUAGGCUAGGUCUUAAAAUUUUAUGAUUAAUUUUACUGAUUAUAUUAUACAGAUAUAUACUAGGAUUAAAACAGUAUGCAUUCAGCAUGAAAAAAUCUGUAGUUUGUCCAUGGUAUGACGAGCGUCAAACAUAAAUUGACUUGAUCCAAAAUAGUAACUGUACUAUAUCUAAAGGUCAAACCUUCAGACAUAAUGCUCACACAACACUGAAAGCACUUCAGCAUCAGCAUUAUAAAUUAUUGGUACCAGGUAUGGCCUGUGAACCCUGUGGAACAUCAUGUAUUACUGGAAAAACAACUGCUUCGAUGGAGACAUUAUUUUAUCCUGUAUAUUAUUUGUAGUCAUAAUACAUUUUAUUAAGUGUCAAAAGCUUUUUAUUUUUGAAGUAUU